CUCAAACCCACAGGCCCAGGCUCAGAACACUUGGCUCCGUUGCUUAACUGUUUCCUUGCCAGCACGAACCCCCAAACUCCAUCUCCCAACAUGCCGCGGGCCCCCUUUCUGUCAGCCUGACUCUUGAACUCCUGAGAAAUGUAGUUUUUCCAGCAGCCCAGCCCCAUGAACUACAGUUCCCAUGUGGCAAUGCGCGUGCCAUUCCGGUGGAAUUCACCGCGGUCUCCAGUUUGCAGUGAUGGAUGCCAGAACCUGCACCUGGGGCUUGGUGACGCGGUAACUGAGAUGCUGGAGUCCCCGGUGAGAAGGACGAUGCCGAGCGCCCGUAUUUUCUCCUGCCUGUCCUCAGACCGCCGCCGCUGUUGGGCUGUGGAGACGUCUCAACUAAAGUGGAGCCGACAGAGGCCCCGGGAGCCGUGGUGACAGCGGCGACAACCACUAGGGGGCGCGAGGCAAAGGUUCCCCUAGUCCGCCCCUAGUCCGGGACCUCUAGGCGGUCCCGGGCGAGAAGCGCACGCGCAAACGCGGGGCUUCGCAGCGUCUGUAAACACCAAAGAGCGCCUGCGCAAGCCGAGAGUCUCGGGAUCGACACGUGGGGGCGCCUUAGUGAAGAUAACCGUAAUAAAUAGUAACCUAACGGUCCAGUCGUCGUUCUGUGGCCCUUUCUUUUAUGAUUCACAAGGAAUGAUCCUCUUCAUCGUCUCUCCUAAUUCAGUCCUCACAACAGCCCUUUUACAAAUGGGAUAACAGGUUAGAGGAAGUCAGGCAGAGUCCCAGCAUCAUAGAGGGUAAAGGGCCAGGGAAGGAUCAGGAUUCAAGGACUGCACCCAGGCUCUGCUUCCAGCUUGCUGUGUGACUGGGUAAUUUUGUUCCCUUAGGGACCUGAGCUUUCUCAUUUGUAAAUGGGAACAGGCUGUUGGGAGGAUCAAAUGAGAUCCAGGGGUGAAAACAGCUUAGUUACUUUCGGGAAUUUACCCACGCUGUAUAUAAAGGCAAAAUAUUAUUAUAGUCAGGUGAUUGUAGAUUGAGGAACCCAUUUCCUCAUUCUGCAGAUUGCAAACCUGAGGGCCCCAAGAGGUACAGGGGCUUGCCCCAGGUCUCGGCAGGCUGUGAGCAAGAGCUAAAGCCUAAUCCUCCUGCCCUUAGGCCUGGAGCCCUUCCUUGUACCCCAGGGGUCAGUGUCUUUGUUGGAUACAGGCUUAGAUUGAUUGACUGUACCCUGAGAACCUAGGGGAGUCCCUGUUCCCAAUUCUUCUUCUACCCCCACCUUGGCCUGAUGGAGGAAGACCCUGCUGUGUCGAGAUGACCACAAGAGGCAGGAAGCUGAGGAGGAUCUGGAAAAUUCUGGAGGAAGAGGAGAGUGUUGCUGGAGCUGUACAGACCCUGCUUCUCAGGACAGUAGCCCAGGUCCCAGGAAGGUGGCGUCAGCAUCUGCAACCGCGUCGACGUUGUCGGAGCCUCCGCGGAGGACCCAGGAGAACCGGACUAGGGCCAGGGCCCUGGGCCUCCCCACACUCCCUAUGGAGAAGCCGGCGGCCUCCACAGAGCCCCAAGGGCCUCGGCCGGUCCUGGGCCGUGAGAGUGUCCAGGUGCCCGAUGACCAAGACUUUCGCAGCUUCCGGUCAGAGUGUGAGGCCGAGGUGGGCUGGAACCUGACCUACAGCAAGGCUGGGGUGUCUGUCUGGGUGCAGGCUGUGGAGAUGGAUCGGACGCUGCACAAGAUCAAGUGCCGGAUGGAGUGCCGUGACGUGCCAGCCGAGACACUCUACGACGUCCUACACGACAUUGAGUACCGCAAGAAAUGGGACAGCAACGUCAUUGAGACUUUUGACAUCGCCCGCUUGACAGUCAACGCUGACGUGGGCUAUUACUCCUGGAGGUGUCCUAAGCCCCUGAAGAACCGUGAUGUCAUCACCCUCCGCUCCUGGCUCCCCAUGGGCGCUGAUUACAUCAUUAUGAACUACUCAGUCAAACAUCCCAAAUACCCACCUCGGAAAGACUUGGUCCGAGCUGUGUCCAUCCAGACGGGCUACCUCAUCCAGAGCACGGGGCCCAAGAGCUGCGUCAUCACUUACCUGGCCCAGGUGGACCCCAAAGGCUCCUUACCCAAGUGGGUGGUGAAUAAAUCUUCUCAGUUCCUGGCUCCCAAGGCCAUGAAGAAGAUGUACAAGGCGUGCCUCAAGUACCCCGAGUGGAAGCAGAAGCACCUGCCUCACUUCAAGCCGUGGCUGCACCCGGAGCAGAGCCCGUUGCCGAGCCUGGCGCUGUCGGAGCUGUCGGUGCAGCAUGCGGACUCACUGGAGAACAUCGACGAGAGCGCGGUGGCCGAGAGCCGAGAGGAGCGGAUGGGCGGCGCGGGCGGCGAGGGCAGCGACGACGACACCUCGCUCACCUGAGCGCCAUACCGCUUCAGGGACGGAGACAGGACCGGGCGAGCCCUGGGGCGGCGGCUACUCCUGCACUUUCUCCCCUCCCCCACCUGGCGCCUCCUGGUGGCACCGGGCCGGGCCCAGGCGGGCGCUGCAGCCUGGCUGGACACAGCCCCAAUAAACGAUCCCCAGCCUCAGCCGGCUCAUCACUGUGCCUGCUUCCCACCUGCCUCAUGGCAGCUGCCGUGGUCCCCUGCGUCUGCCCUUAAUUUUGUUAAGCUUACUGAUCAAACGGCCUUUGAUCCUUCCAGCAUCUCCUCAUUUCCCGUUGUGUAGUGGGGAGGAGAGGGGGUUUAUCACUGCCCCCCUCUUGUCCGUACUCUGUUCCAUUCUCUGCCCAUGUCUAUCCAGCUGUCCUUGUUGAGUGGUCAUUUUGGCAUUCACACUAGGAUAUUUGCUUUAGGCAGCAGUCCCCAACCUUUUUGGCACCAGGGACCGGUUUUGUGCAAGACAAAUUUUCCAUGGAUCAGGAUUGGGGGAGGAUUGGUUUUGGGAUGAUUCAAGUGCAUCACAUUUAUCAUUAGAUUCUAAUAAGGAGCUCACAACCUAGAUCCUUCGCAUGCGCAGUUCACAAUAGGGUUCUCGCUCCUAUGAGAAUCCAGUGCCACUGCAGAUCUGACAGGAGGCAGUAAUGCUAGCUCAGCCUCUGCUUACCUCCUGCCGUGCAGCCUGGUUCCUAACAGGUUCCUGAUAGGACCAGUACCAGUCUGUGGCCCAGGGGUGGGAGACCUCUGCUCUAAGGGAAGGAGCAGGCCUGGACAGAGACCCUGGGUCAGGAAUCAGAGGGUGAGGUUCUACUCUGUGUCCAUCGGCCCAAGGCCCUUUGGGUCCAACCCAAAGGACUGGGGGUCUGACACUCCUGUCAUUCCAGAAGGGAGGUGGAAGGGUCCGUGGGUCUCAAGCCACAGGGCUGUGGGCCUCAGAGCUGAGGCUGGGGCAGCAUACCCUGGAGGGAGGUUGGGGGUGCAGGUGAGGGGCCUCAGAUUCCAGUGCAGUUGGCGGGGACCAGGCUUGGUGAUUCACGCCCUCCCUAGGUCAUUUCGAAGACCUCAGGACUGUGUUAACAGAAAUGGUAAGGUCCCCAGACCCCCCAUCCCCUUGCCAGUGGUCAGAUGCCAGCCCUCUCACCCUGCGCUGCACCUCACUGGUCUGAAGUCUAGAGGGAUGCCUGGGCCUCCCCUGUGAUCUGUGGCCCCCAGGUGCCCUCUGCUGCCCAAGGGACACCCCUGCUGCCAGGUCCAGAGGAGGGGCCUAUGCUCUGCUCCUCUGCAAUGUUUUUGACCCCAUAUGAACUUGAGGCCCGGAAGUUCUCCCCAAGGUCUGGCCCUGUUCUCCCCUCCCGGAAAGCUCCUUUGCCUUAGCCCUACCACCGGAAGACACGGUCUACUCAGAGUCAACUCUUUCCCAGAGGGACAGGGUGAAUGGCCAGUGGAGGGCAGGCAGGAGAUUCUACAACUCAAAAGUGGGUUGCUUCCCAACUUUGCCCAACACUGGCUUUGUAACUUUGGGCAAGCCCUCAGACUUCUUGGAGCCUUAUUUCCUAACCCAUAACCUGGAAUGAUAAUUUUUGCCAUCAAGCAGAAUGUGAGGAUUGAGAUAAAAGGAAUAAAUUGCCCAGCACUGGGACUGGCA